GUCCAUUUAAGAUUUUUUGCUGCCUGGGGAAAUAGAAAGUAAUUGAGUUUCUAUUCUGCUGAUAGAGGGAAGGAGAUAUAAAUAUACAUAUGUCUAUAGUGUUUGUAUUUGAUUUAUUAUUUGUUUUUUUUUCAGAAGGAAAGAUCAGACUUAAAAUGAAGGAAACUAUUGCAGAGUUAAGCCUUUCUCUGGUAGACACUCACAAGCAAAGAUUCAUGAAUGAUAGUCCCUGUGAUUUUACUUGGAGAGAAAUCUGUGCUACACAUGAGAGAAUACACACUGGAAAGAAACCUUAUGAAUGUAACCAAUGUGAAAAGGCUUUUAUACAAAAGAGAGCUCUUAUUCUACAUCAGAGAAUCCACACUGGAGAGAAACCUUAUGAAUGUAAUCAGUGUGGAAAGUCUUUUACACAAAGGGGAGUUCUUACUCUACAUCAAAGAAUCCACACAGGAGAGAAACCUUAUGAAUGUAAUCAAUGUGGAAAGACUUUUAGACGAAGGGAUGGUUUAAUUGCACAUCAAAGAAUCCACACUGGAGAGAAACCUUAUGAAUGCAACCAAUGUGGAAAGGCUUUUAGGAAAAAGGAAGCACUUACUGUACAUCAGAGAAUUCACACUGGAGAGAAACCUUAUGAAUGUAAUCAUUGUGGAAAGACUUUUACACGGAGAGAUGGUUUUAAUGCACAUCAGAGAAUGCACACAGGAGAGAAACCUUUUAAAUGUAAUCAAUGUGGAAAGGCUUUUAGAGGAAGGGCAGCUCUUACUGUACAUCAGAGAAUCCACACUGGAGAGAAACCUUAUGAAUGUAAUCAAUGUGGAAAGACUUUUACAUGGAAGAAUAAACUUGUUCAGCAUCAGAGAAUUCACACAGGAGAGAAACCUUAUGAAUGUAAACAAUGUGGAAAGACUUUUAGAUUGAGGGAUGGUUUCAUUGAACAUCAGAGAAUCCACACUGGAGAGAAACCUUAUGCAUGUAACCAAUGUGGAAAGGCUUUUACAAAAAGGGGAGUUCUUAUUCUACAUCAGAGAAUCCACACUGAUGAAAAACCAUAUGAAUGUAAUCAAUGUGGAAAGACUUUUAGACGGAGAGAUGGUUUUAUUGCACAUCAGAGAAUCCAUACUGGUGAAAAACCAUAUGAGUGUAACCAAUGUGGAAAGGCUUUUACAGGACGGGGAGCUCUCACUGUACAUCAGAGAACCCACACUGGGGAGAAACCUUAUGAAUGUUAUCAAUGUGGAAAGACUUUUACACGGAAAAAAAAUCUCAUUCAACAUCAAAGAAUCCACACUGGAGAGAAAUCUUAUGAAUGUAAUCAAUGUGGAAAUACUUUUAGAUUAAAGGAUGGUUUCAUUGAACAUCAGAGAAUCCACACUGGAGAGAAAUCUUGUCACUGUAAUCAUUUCAGAUCCAUCUCCAAAAUGGCUAAAAAUAGACAAACACAUACUGGAGAGAAGCCUUAUGAAUGUGAUCAAUGUGGAAAGAUUUUUACACAGAAGAAAAAUCUUGUUCAACAUCAGAGAAUCCACACUGGAGAAAAACCUUAUGCAUGUAACCAGUGUGGAAAGGCUUUUACAGAAAAGGGAGCUCUUACUCUGCAUCAAAGGAUCCACACUGGAGAGAAACCUUAUGAAUGUGAUCAAUGUGGAAAGACUUUUACACAAAAGAAUAAUCUUGUUCAGCAUCAGAGAAUCCACACUGGAGAGAAGCCUUAUGAAUGUAACCAAUGUGGAAAGACUUUUAGGCAAAGGGGAACUCUUACUCUACAUCAGAGAAUCCACACUGGAGAGAAACCUUAUGAAUGUAACCAGUGUGGAAAGGCUUUCACAGAAAGGGGAGCUCUUACUUUACAUCAGAGAAGGCACACUGGAGAGAAACCUUAUGAUUGUAACCAAUGUGGAAAGGCUUUUAGAGUUAAGGGAGCUCUUACUGUACAUCAGAGAAUCCACACUGGAGAGAAACCUUAUGAAUGUAAUCAAUGUGGAAAGGCUUUUACAUGGAGGGUUAGUUUUAUUGAACAUCAGAGAUACCACACUGGAGAGAAACCUUAUGAAUGUAAUCAAUGUGGAAAGACUUUUACAUGGAAGGAUGGUUUCAUUGCACAUCAGAGAAUCCAUACUGGAGAGAAACCUUAUGAUUGUAAUCAAUGUGGAAAGGCUUUCAGAUCCAGUUCCAAACUUGCUACACAUAAGAAAAUCCACACUGGAGAGAAACUUUAAGAAUGAAAUCAUUCCUUUCAAGCUAAUGUCAGUCCUUGUUUACCAUCAGAGAAUUCAUUAAAGGUAUGGGAAUUUUAUAGCUGACCUGAAUGAGGAAAGAUAUAGAAGUGGAGUACUAGAGAUUCUUAGCAGAAAAUUCACUCUGGGUACAAACUAUCUUUGAGUGCAAUGUGGGGAAGCUUUCAGCUAGAAAUCAUCACCUAUCCUUUCAUCAGAGAAUUUAUAAUGAAAAGAAAUCUUAAGAAUGAACCCAUGCUUUUCUUUAGAAUAUGGAGGUCACUGGUAAAGGUUAAAUUUUGUAUAUGACUAUAACAGAGUGGUAAGAUAAGGAAAAUAAUUCAUGCGACCCUUCCAGGUUGUGAAAAAGAGGAGACAUAAAUUGCAGAACUGAGUGACAAAUUAUACAUGGAAGAACUCAAAAAUAAAAUGCCAUCAGAAUAAGGAAAAUGUGUCAUUAAGUUAGUCAGAUCAAGGGAAAAAAUAUGAUUUCUUUGAUCAAGGGUAUACAAAUGAGGGAAUUUUGUAGUCUUCUGCAGGCCACCUACAUCCAUAUUUAGCUUACAUCCAGGUCACUGCAUGUGAUAAUCAAGAAGUUUCUCAUUAACUUGAGGUAGUUUUUUCCUCCUAAUUUUUGAGACUCAACAAUCCUGGAGAUAAGGAACGGAUUCUGUUGAGGAAUCUGAGACAGAACAAAACCAAUAUUAAAAAAAAAAAAAAAAAAAGCCACUAUUGAGCAGCAAGAGGUCUUGUAAUUUCUGUCUGAAAAGCUUCCCAUGGUUGUUCCUGCUCUGCUUGCCACAUGUACUCUACAAAUCAAUGAAGGCCUUAGAUACUUAGUGACAGCACCCUCAUCAGAGUAAUGGUUUCCCAUUCAGAGAUAAACAUGUUGGACCUAAAGGAGCAAUUCAAAAGGCACAAUGGGAAAUCUCUAUUUUUUCACUGUAAGUCAGAAAAAUCUUCCUUUGCCAGGAAGAACAAACACUUCUAGGAAGAAAGAUUUCUAACCAAAUUCAUUUGGAUGCUAAUGACGAUGCUCUUGUUUCUUAGUCACUGGAAGGGGCUUCAAGGGCCCUCUAGUCCAAAUUUAUGGAAACAUUUCUGCUUAAAGACCUGAUAGGGAGCCCAUUAUUAAGACAUUUACGAUCAUGUCCAGCUGAAAUCUGUCUCUUGCAAUCUACACUCAUCAGUCCUAGGGAAUCUCUCUGGAGCCAAGCAGAACAAGAGUGAUUCAUCCUAGACAUGAAAGCCUUUCAGGUAUUUAAAGAGUAUUUCGUGUUGCCCAAAUUUUCUUUUCUUCAGGUUAAGCAGCCUCAGUUCUUUCAACUGAUCCUCAUUUGGCAAAGUCUCCAUCAUAUUCAUAGGCCUUCUCUGGAUGUAUUCAGGCUUAUCAAUACCUCUGUUGAUUACCUCCUCUUCAUCACAGAUAGGUGGAAACAUGUAUGUUCUUUGUCAUGUUUAUUUCUGUGUCAUCACUUCCUUUAGUCUGUGAGUUCCUUCCAAGCAGGGAAUGUCUUCUGCCAUUUUUUGUGUCCCUAGGUCAGAGGCUCAGUUCAGUGCCUGGAUUAUAAAUAGGUACUUAACAAAUUCUUGUUGACUGACUCUCAUAAACUGUGGUCUGACUAAGUCAAGCAAGAUACAACAGGAUUAUCACCUCUACCUACAAAAAGUGGUUUUCAGACCUUUUCCUUCCCAAUUUGACUUGUCUACACAGUGACUAUUGUAUAUGAGGGCAGAGUAAAAUUUAUAAAUGUCUUUGGAGAAGGGGAAAGUGGGAUGACAUACAUUAGGCCUAUAUUUACCUACUAUUAUCAAUUUUUUGCAGAAUAAAAAUAUAAUUGUUUAUUGCUUUCUUCAUUGAAUAUAAAGACAUUUUUUAAAAAGGAAAAUUAAUUAGGUAGAGAACAUUGGGUGAAGAUGAAAUGGUACUGAUGCCUUACAUAUUUAGUUUGUUUUAUCUAGCUAUAUAACCCAUUGGGGAGGGGGAGGAAGAAAUUAAAAAUUACAUGGGAUAGCAGAUGGCUUCUUGCGUAUAUUGAUUCCUUCUUUUUUACCUGAUCUCCUUGAAAGGUAAUAUGAUGGAAUAGAAAGAGCACUAGAUUUGGAGAGAGAAGACAUGGAUUGGGAUUGGGAUUCUAUACUACUAUGGCCUUAGGAGAAUAAUGAAGAUGGUAGACUAGUAGUCUAGGUCUAACUCACUUGGGUAAAAGGGGAACACAGCUCAGUGCAGGUGUGCUCCAGGGAAUUUAACAGGAGGCUCUUGGCAACCACACAGAUCAGCAAUGGAUGCCCUUCAGUCCUGACUCAAUGGGCCAGUGGCUAAGCAGACCAGCUUUGAGGUCUCCAGUCUUGCCAAAGGCAAAUUGCAAAUGUCCAAACCCUGGCACAACAUACUAAAGUAGGCCAGGCCAACCCAGCACAGGAGCACAGCUCCUCUGGAAAGAGAGUGAAUAGAUCCUAUCUCCCUGCAAAAGAAGUUUGAGACAGUGUCCCCUAUGACCUCUGAGCAAAGCUCAACUCUUUAAAAAACAUGAGCAAAAAACCUAAAAAGCCAUGACCAUAAAUAAUUAUGAUGACAGGAAAGAUCAGAACACAAACUUAGAAGAUGACAACAGUGGCAAAAUGUCUACAUUUGAAGCCUCAAAAGGGAAUAUGAAUUGUCUGAAGCUCAAAAGUUCACUUGAAAGAGAUCAAAAAGGAUUUUAGAAAUCAAGUAAGAGAGGUAUUUAAAAAAAAAAAAAAAGGGAAAGAAAUGAUUCAUGAAGAAUUGAGGUGAGGGGGAAGAAUUGUCAACAGCUUGGAAAAGGAAGCACAAAAAUUAGCUAAAGAAAAAUCCUUUGAUUUCAGAAAGGCCUGAAGAGACUAACAGGAACUGAUGCUGAGUGAAAUGAGCAGGACCAGGAGAUUAUUAUAUACUUCAACAACAAUACUAUAUGAUGAUCAAUUCUGAUGGACCUGGCCAUUUUCAGCAAUGAGAUGAACUAAAUUAGUUCCAAUGGAGAAGGAAUGAAUUGAACCAGCUACACCCAGCGAAAGAACUCUGGAGAUGACUAAGAACCAUUACAUAGAAUUCCCAUUCCUCUAUUUUUGUCCACCUGCAGUUCUGAUUUCCUUCACAGGCUAAUUGUACACUAUUUCAGAGUCCGAUUCUUUUCGACAUGUUUACUUAUUUUGUAUUUAAUUUAUACUUUAAGAUAUUUAACAUGUAUUGGUCAACCUGCCAUCUGGGGGAAGGGGUGGGGGAAAGGAGGGGAAAAGGUGGAACAAAAGGUUUGGCAAUUAUCAAUGCUAUAAAAUUACCCAUGUAUAUAACUUCUAAAUAAAAAAGCUAUAAUAAAAAAAAAAGAAAAAGAAAAAUCCUUAAAGUGGGAAAAAACAUAUACUUAAGAAAAUAACUCCUUUAAAAGUCAAAUUGGUCAAAUGGAAAAGGAGAUUUUUUUAAAAUGACAGAAAAAAAUUCAUUAAAAACUAGAAUUAGACAAAUGGAAGGUAAUGAUACAAUGAGACAUAAAAAAUCAGUCAAAAACUUAUAAUGAAAAACUAGAAAAAAAUGUAAAAUACCUCAUUGGAAGAACAAGCAACUUGGAAAAUAAAUCCAAGAGAGUUCAUUUAAGAAUUACUGGAUUUCCUGAAAGCCCCAAUUAAAAUAAGAGUCUAGACAACAUCUUUCAAGAUAUUAUCAAGGAAAAGUGCCCUGAUAUUCUAGAACCAGAAGAUAAAAUAGUCAUUGAAAGAAGUCUCCAAUCACCUCCUGAACAAGAUCUCAAAGUGAAAACUCCAAAGAAUACCGUAGUUAAAUUCCAGUAUUAUCAGAUCAAGUAGAAAAUCCUGCAAGAAGCCAGAAAGGAACAAUUUGGAUAUUCAGGAGCCACGUUCAGAAUUACCCAGGACUUAGCAGUUUCUAUAUUAAGGGAUCAGAGGACAUGGUAUAUAUUAUAGAAGACAAAAGAACUGAGACUAUAGAGUCAACUGUCCAGCAAAAAUUUAGCAUUAUUUUCCAAGGGGGGAGGAGGGAAAUGAAAAGGAACUUAUUUUUUUCAGAUUGAAAAAUAAUUGAAAAUUAUUUCAGAUGAAAGGACCAGAACUAAACAGAAAAUUCAGUCUUCAAAUACAAGACUCAUGAGAAGGAUAAAAAAUUAAGCAGGGGGAAAAUGUUAUUUAUGGUUUAAACUUUACAUCUAUACAUGAGAAGAUGAUACUUGUAAUUUUGACAAUUAUAUCUUUAGUCGGGCAAUUAGACAAGUUAUACAUACAUAGAUGGUGUGAGUAUUAGUUUACUUUAAUGUGAUGUUAUAAUAAGAAAUAAGAAAAUGUCAUUAUUAUAAAAAGAAAUAAGAAAAAAGGGGUGGAAAGAGAAUUGUACUGGGAGGAAAGAAAAGGGAAGGUAAAAUGUAAAUUUCCUCAUAUGAAGAGAUUGUAGAGGGGGAAAAUGGAGAGGAUUGAAAAUUGCUUGAAACAAUUUCAUUGAAUUUGGCUCAAAGAGGGAAUAACACACAUGCUUAGUUCACUAUAGAAAAAGAGGGAAAGGGGAAAAGGGAAGGUUGCUAGAAAGAAGGGCAGAAAAAUAGUCUGAUAGGAAGACAGAUUGAGGAAGGUGGUGAGCAAGGAAAGGGUGAAAGGAGAAAGAAAUGAGGAAAAGUAGGUUGGAGGGAAAUAGGUAACUGUUUAUAUAAAUGUGAAUGUAAAAGAGAUAAAUUCAUAAGAUAGAAGGGCAUAGCAGACUGGAUUAAAAACCAAAAUCCUAUAAUUUAUUUUUUAUAAGAAACAGAUUUGAAGCAGAGGUGAGCACAGAAUAAAAGGGAGAGAGGCUGGAGCAAGAUAUGCUGUGCUUCAGAUGAAGUUAAAAAAAAAAAAAAAAAGCAGGGGUAGAAAACCUUAUCUCAGACAAAACAAAAUAUCUAAAUAAAAGAGAUAAAGAAGGAAACUACAUCUUGCUGAAAGAUACCAUAGAUGAUAAAGUAAUAUCAGUACUAAACAUGUGCCAAGUGUAUAGCACUUUUAGAUUUUUAGAGGAAGUUAUAGGAAGAAAUAGAUAGCAAAAACAUAUUAGUAAGGGAUUCCAAUCUACUCUCUUAGAAAUAGAUAAAUCUAAGCACCAAAUAUACAAGAAAAAAAUUAAACAAUGAAUAAAAUUUUAGUAAAGUUAGUUAUAAUCAACCUUUGGAGAAACUUGAAUAGGAAUAGAAAGGAACAUUAUCUUUUUUCUUAGUGAUACAUGGCAUCUACACAGAAAAUGAUCAUAUAUUAGGAUAUAAAAACCUCAAGAUGAAAUUAAAAAGGCAGAAAUAUAAAUGUAUCUUUUUCAUAUCAUGAUGUAAUAAAAAUUAUAUGUAAAAAAGAGCAAUGGAAAAAUAGGCAAAAAAUUGGAAACUAAAUAAUCCUAGAGAAUAAGUAGAUCAAACAACAAAGAGAAACAAUAAUUUCAUCAAAGAGAAUGACAAUGAAACAAUACCAAAGUUUAUGGGAUGCAACUAAAGCAGUUCUUAGAGGAAAUUUUAUAUCAUUAGAUGCUUACAUGAAUAAAAAUAGAGAAAUGAAAGAUCAAUGAAUUGGGCAUACAACAAAAAAAGCUAGGGGAAAAAAAUAAACUUAAAAACCAAAUUAGGGGCAGCUAGAUGGCUCAGUGGAUAGAGCACCAGCCCUAAAGUCAGAAGGGUCUGAGUUCAAAUCUGGUCUCAAGACACUACUGCCUAGCUGUGUGAUCCUGGGCAAGUCACUUACCCCCAAUUGCCUCAGCAAAAAAAUACAAAUUAAAUACCAAAUUAGAGAUUCUGAACAUCAAAGAAGAUUAAUAAAACUUAAAAGUUAGAAAACUAAUAAAACCAAGAGUUGAUUUUAUGAAAAACAAAAUAAAAAAACAUGAAAUAAUCCUUUGGUUAAUUUGAUUAGGAAAAAAGGAAAGAAGAAAACUGAAUUACCAGAAUCAAAAAUGAAAAAAGUGUACUUCGCUUCAAUAAAGAAAAAAGUAAAGCAACAAUUAGGAACUGUUUUGCCCAACUGUAUGCCAAUAAAUCUGACAAUCUAAUAGAAAUGGAUGAAUAUUUACAAAAAUAUGAAUUGCCUAGGUUAACAGAAGAGGAAAUAAAAUACUUAACCCUGUUUUGGAAAAAGAAAUCGAAUAAGCCAUCAAUGAAAUUGCUAAUAAAAAACCUCCAUGACCAUAUUGAUUUAUGGGAGAAUUCUACCAAACAUAUAAAGAGCAAUUAGUUCAAGUAUUAUAUUGGAAAAAUAGAAAAGGGAAUCUUACCAAGUUCCUUUUGUGACACAGACAUAGUGCUUACUCUUAAAAUAGUAAGAAAAAUAUAAACCAAUUCCACUAAUGAAUGUUGAUGCAAAAAUUUUAAUUUGCAAAGAGAUUAAGUAGUUUAUAACCAGGAUAAUUCACUAUAGCCAGGUGAGAUUUAUACUAGGAAUUCAGGGUUGGUUCAAUAUCAGAAAAACUAUCAGCAUAAAUGGCCAUAUAAAUUAAAAAAAAAAAAAAAACUAACUCAAAUCAUUGUCUAAAUAGAUACAGAAAAAGUUUUUGAAAAAAAUUACAGCACCCAUUCCUCUUAAAAACACGAGCAGGGGCAACUGGGUGGUGCAGCGGAUAGAGCAUAAACCCUGAAGUCAGGAGGACCCGAGUUCAAAUCUGGUCUCAGACAUUGGUCUAAAACCUGAAGAGGCUUCUUGGAAAUGCUCAUAAAACCUUCAAAAGGCAAAUGAGAGAAGUAGAAGGAAAAAAAAGAAAUGAGAGGUGUGCAUGAGAGAAUGAACAGUUUGGAAAAGGAAGGGGAAAAAAGUUGUCUGAAGAAAACUCCUUAAAAAGUAGAAUAAACCAGAUGGAAAAAAGAGAUACAAAAGAACUGAGAAAAUCACACAGUAAAAACUAGAACAGGGCAAAUGGAAGCUAUUGACUUUGUGAGACAACAAAAAUCAAUCAAAUGAAAAAAUGGAAGAAAAUGUGAAAUACCUCAACGGGAAAAUAGCCAACUUGGAAAAUAGAUUCAAAAGAGACAAUUUUAAAAUUACUGGCUACCUGAAGCCAUGAUCAAAAAAGAGAGCCUGGAUAGCAUUCUACAAGAAGUCAUUAAGGAAAACUGCCCUGAUAAUUCUACAAACAGAGGAGGAAAUACUCAUUAAAAGAAUCCAUUGAUCACCUCUGCAAAGAAAUCCCACAAGGAAAACUCCAAGGAACAUUGUUGGGAAACUCUAAAACUAUAAUCUUAAAGAAAAAAUACUGCAAGGUGCCGGACAAAAAUAAUUCAAAUAUCAAUGAGCAGCAGGUAAGGAUUACCCAGGAUCUGGCAGUUUCUACAAUAAAGAAUCCAAGGGUCUGGAAUACCGUAUUCCAGAAGGCAAAGGACCUGGGCUUACAAUUAAGAAUUAACUACCUAGUGAGACUCAGCAUCAUCUUUCAAGAAAGAAGAUGGAUCUUCAAUGAAGUAAGACUUUCAAUCAUUUCUAUUGGGAAAAAGAAACAGAACUAAGCAGGAAAUUUAAUCUAUAAACACAGGAUUCAAGAGAAUCAUAAAAAGCUAAACAGGAGAAAAUAUAAAUAUUUAAAGAUUAAACUGUUUACAUCCUUAGAUAAGAAAACAAUAUCUGUAACUCUUACUAACUGUAUCUGACACUGGGGCAGUCAAAGAGAAACAUCAUAUAGUCUGAGGGUGUGAUUGUGAAUGGACUCUGAUGUGAUAACAUAAAAAAAAAAAAAAAAAAGACCUUAAGGGGUACUGGAAAAAAGAAGAAAGGGGAGGAAUAAUGGGACAAUUAGUUCACAUGAUAUAAUUGAGGGAAAGAAG